AUGGCUGCUCUUGACCUCUUCAAGCUCUCGUUCCUCGUCAGCGCCCUUUUCUCCGGCUCCGACCUGGCGGGAUCUCCGCCGGAAAAGAAAGCCGCCGGUGUCCGGGUUUUCCCGCCGACUUGUAGCCGCAUCGAGUGCCCGAGCUACGACGUCAUUAACACCGGCGACGGGUUCGAAAUCCGGCGGUACGAUUCCAGCAUGUGGGUUUCCACACAGCCCAUUGAAGACGUUUCCUUGGUCAAAGCCGGAAGUAUUGGCUUCCUGCAGUAA